CUCACAUGAUUCGCGAAUCAGACACUUCCUGAAGCUGACGCUUCCUGUAGCACCGCCUUAAACAAAACAAGCAACUUUCCAUAGAACCCAGAAAGAAGGCCGUUAUGAAGACAGUCUGCCACAGCGGACAUAUACAAUACUUCUUUAUUAAUCACCCGUCUAUAAUCGAGAGAGAGUGUGUUUUCAUAAACGCUCCGAGGCUGUGAGCUGGGGAUUACAGCUAUGAUGGCGUCCAGCUACAGCGCGAAAGAGGAAGACGGUCAUCACUCCGGAUCCGCGGGGCUCGGCGGAGCCGCCGUCCAGACUCGAAAGCCCGACAACACGGCCUUCAAACAGCAGCGGCUACCGGCCUGGCAGCCCAUCCUGACCGCGGGGACCGUGCUGCCCGCCUUCUUCAUCAUCGGCCUCAUCUUCAUCCCAAUAGGAAUCGGCCUCUACGUGACAUCCAACAACAUCAAGGAGUUCGAGAUUGAUUAUACCGGGACUGAGAUGUCCAGCCCGUGUUUUAACUGCUCUCAAAGCUUCAGCUGGAACAGCACGACUCCAUGCAGAUGUGUCCUGUUCUUCUCUCUAGACCAGCCUUUCGAAAGUAAUGUUUUCAUGUACUAUGGCCUCUCAAAUUUCUACCAAAACCAUCGGCGGUAUGUGAAGUCCAGAGAUGACAGCCAGCUUAAUGGAGACCUGCGCUCACUUAAGGAGCCAAGCAAAGAAUGUGAGCCGUACCGCACUAAUGAAAACAAGCCUAUAGCCCCGUGUGGAGCCAUUGCUAACAGCAUGUUUAAUGACACACUGGAUUUGUUUUACAUUGAUCCCAAUGGAACAAAAACACAAAUUCUAUUGAUCAAAAAAGGGAUCGCAUGGUGGACGGACAAACAUGUGAAGUUCAGGAACCCUGGUGGAAGCAACCCAAAUCUUACUGCUGCUUUUAUAGAGACAGCGAAGCCGGUCAACUGGCACAAGCCUGUUUAUGAGCUGGACAUUGACUCAGAAAACAACGGCUUCAUAAAUGAGGAUUUCAUCGUGUGGAUGCGCACAGCUGCUCUCCCCACCUUCAGAAAGCUCUACCGCGUUAUUCAGAAGAAGAACAACAUGACACCCACGCUUCCCAAAGGCAGCUACAGCCUGGAAGUCACCUACAACUACCCCGUGCGCAGCUUCGAGGGCCGGAAGCGAAUGAUCCUCAGCACCAUCUCCUGGAUGGGAGGGAAAAACCCCUUCCUGGGCAUCGCCUACAUAACAGUGGGCUCCAUCUGCUUCUUCCUCGGCGUGGUGCUUCUCUUCAUUCAUCACAAAUACGGAAACCGCAACAACAGCUCUGAUGUUCCCAGUUAAGCUUGUUCGAGGGCAUGUGAUCUGGGUUUGAGUAGCAUGCUUCGAUUGGCGUUUUAAAGGUGCAAGAGCAUUUGUCCACUUGAUGUUCUGUUUAUUUAUUACUCAAGAUGUUGUGUCCACUUCAAAGUUGUAUUUUUUAAUUUGUAUUUUUUUCUGAUGAUGGUUGAUGGUUCACUUCAAGCAUGUUUUGGCCGUCGAUAUGCACGUAUGUCUGAGGUUAGUGUGAUAUUAUAACAUACGACCAUGAUAAAGACCAAGUUGUAUAAAGUACAGUAAAUGAAUGUAUAUUGUAUUUCAUUGAAAUGGUUUUACUUUCGGCCAAAAGUAAUGUUUAAACAGGGCAACAUAAUAUGACUACUUUUAACAGUUUAAUGUACAAAGAAUAAUUUCAAUCUUUUCCUUGAGGUUCAUAAAGGCAUAUACUGUGGCUCUGUUUACUUCCAAAUGUCUUCGUAGUGCCAGAUUAUGGUGGGGAUCGGAUCAAUAACAACUACCAUUAAACUUUUAAGGAUUGUUCAAAUCUUGUUUUGUUUCCUGCAGAUGCUUGUGCUCUUUAAAGAAGCUUUGCUGUGUGUAAUUCAUGGCUUGCAAGGACCAAACGUUUCGUUCUUUGUCUAUUUAAUUGAAACUGUCUUGGGCUCAUUUUGGCUGUCAUGUCUUUU